AUGACUGCCGCAACAAAAUUCCGCACUUGCAAAGAGGAGUACGCAUGCAACGAUGACGGUUUCUUCACGUUCAGCAGUACGGAACAGAAACGCGUCGAGGAUCUUGUGAGCGAACAAGUAAGACGAUGUGAAGAUUACGCUAACGGCGUUCCCAUUCUCAUUCGCGACGCCCACAUUGACUAUGUCAUAAGGACGGCCAUAAAGAUUGCUCUGAUGAUGGCUGAUUAUGGUUGCGCAGAAGUCGCCGUUGUGCUCAUACAAGAAUAUUUAAGAAAUAAUAUUGGUUUGGAUGCUAGUCGUACAUGGAUGUGCUUUUGGGGAUUGCACAGUCUGAACAUUCUUGGCGCAGCGCCUUCACACUCGCAAAAAGCUGAUAUAUUGGCUUUUUUGAAGACUUGUCAACACCCAGAUGGUGGUUACGGAGGUGGACCUGGUCAACUCGCUCAUCUUGCCCCUACCUAUGCAAGCGUAAUGGCAUUAGCAUCGCUCCAAACGGAAGAAGCACUUCAGUCGAUUAAUUUAGAGUCUCUGUCACGUUUCCUCCAUCGAAUGAAGCAACCGGAUGGAUCAUUCACUAUGCACGACGGUGGAGAAGUGGAUAUUCGUGGCACUUACUGUGCUCUUUCUGUUGCUGCGCUUUGCGGCAUCAUGACUGAUGCAUUGAGAGACGGAGCGGCCGAGUGGAUCGUAAAGUGCCAGACCUACGAAGGAGGAUUUGGAGGUGAACCAAAUGCCGAGGCUCAUGGCGGCUACGCAUACUGUGCUGUAGCUUCUCUUGUCAUCCUUGAUAGGUAUCGAUUGGCUGAUUCAGAGUUGCUGCUGCAAUGGCUCGGCAAGCGUCAAAUGCGUUUUGAAGGAGGUUUUCAGGGUCGCACUAAUAAACUUGUAGAUGGAUGCUACAGUUUCUGGCAGGCAGCUAACUUCCCUCUCAUUGGGGGAGAGAUGGCACGGGAGGGUCGUCUCAGCGCUGAAGGACUGUUCGAUGCUCGUAUGCUUGAAGAGUACAUCCUGAUGUCCUGCCAGGAUGAAGCAGGUGGAUUCCGCGACAAACCUGAUAAGACGAGAGAUCUCUAUCACACAUGUUAUGUUCUAAGUGGUCUCGCCGUAGCGCAAGCAUAUUCAAUUUUGCGCGAGAAUGGCAGUGUGCUUGGUGGGAAUCAAAAUGCAGUCGAAGCAAUCAAUCCUGUCUUCAACCUGACGACAUCCAGCGAACAGUUCGCCGCCAGCUUUUUUGCUAAAUUCUCUCAUUAA